GGCCGUGCUGACGUCAUCCUGCAGUAGCGGGGAUGGGGUGGGAAUGAGAGAGAGAGAGUGAGGACGCCCGGCUCCAGAACGAAGGAGCAGCAGCCACUGCCGGUUCCCCCUGCUCAGCCGCCCAGGUUGGGGUCUGCCCUAUGGACUAGGGUGGGCGGCAGGCUCCUUUCCGUCUCUGCCCUGCUUUCUGCCCUCUCCCCUCCCCUCUUCGGAGAGCCCCUGCAUCCCUUGCCCAAGGUGGAACAAGCAGGGCUCCAGGCUCUGGGGGCGAGCAAUCGGGGCCCUGCCCUGCCUACACCACGCCAUGACCCCCCUGCUGUUUCCCCUCUUGGUGGCCUCCCUGCUCCCCUCCAGCUCCUGUAACAAAGCCAACAAGCACAAGCCAUGGAUUGAGGCAGAAUACCAAGGCAUCGUCAUGGAGAAUGACAACACGGUUCUGCUGAACCCACCGCUCUUUGCCUUGGACAAGGAUGCUCCCUUGCGCUAUGCAGGUGAGAUCUGUGGCUUCCGGCUCCAUGGGUCCGGGGUGCCCUUUGAGGCCGUGAUCCUGGACAAGGCGACAGGAGAAGGGCUGAUUCGGGCCAAGGAGCCGGUGGACUGCGAGGCCCAGAAGGAGCACACCUUCACCAUCCAGGCCUACGACUGCGGCGAAGGCCCGGACGGGGCCAACACCAAGAAGUCCCACAAGGCCACUGUACAUGUGCGGGUCAACGACGUGAACGAGUUUGCCCCGGUGUUUGUGGAGCGGCUGUACCGGGCAGCAGUGACCGAGGGGAAGCUGUAUGACCGCAUCCUUCGGGUGGAGGCCAUCGACGGCGACUGCUCCCCCCAAUACAGCCAGAUCUGCUAUUACGAGAUCCUCACGCCCAACACCCCCUUCCUCAUCGACAAUGACGGGAACAUUGAGAACACAGAGAAGCUACAGUACAGUGGUGAGAAGCUCUACAAGUUCACGGUGACGGCUUAUGACUGCGGGAAGAAGCGGGCGGCGGACGAUGCUGAGGUGGAGAUCCAGGUGAAGCCCACCUGUAAGCCCAGCUGGCAAGGCUGGAACAAAAGGAUUGAAUAUGCACCAGGCGCCGGGAGCUUGGCUCUGUUCCCUGGUAUCCGCCUGGAGACCUGUGAUGAACCUCUCUGGAACAUUCAGGCCACCAUAGAACUGCAGACCAGCCAUGUGGCCAAGGGCUGUGACCGUGACAACUACUCGGAGCGUGCACUGCGGAAACUCUGCGGCGCGGCCCCCGGGGAAGUGGAUCUGUUGCCCAUGCCCGGCCCCAAUGCCAACUGGACGGCGGGCCUCUCGGUGCACUAUAGCCAGGACAGCAGCCUCAUCUACUGGUUCAACGGCACCCAGGCGGUGCAGGUGCCCCUGGGGGGCGCUGCGGGGCUGGGCUCCGGGCCCCCGGACAGCCUCAGUGACCACUUUACCCUGUCCUUCUGGAUGAAGCACGGUGUCACUCCCAACAAGAGCAAGAAGGAAGAGGAAACCAUCGUGUGUAACACCGUCCAGAAUGAGGAUGGCUUCUCUCACUACUCACUGACUGUCCACGGCUGCAGAAUUGCCUUCCUCUACUGGCCUCUACUUGAGAGUGCCCGGCCAGUCAAAUUCCUCUGGAAGCUGGAGCAGGUCUGUGAUGACGAGUGGCACCACUAUGCUUUGAAUCUCGAGUUUCCCACGGUCACACUCUAUGCAGACGGCAUCUCCUUCGACCCCGCCCUCAUCCACGACAAUGGUCUCAUCCACCCGCCUCGAAGGGAACCCGCACUGAUGAUUGGGGCCUGCUGGGCUGAGGAGAAGAACAAAGAGAAGGCAAAGGGAGCUGACAACAGUACGGACGCCACAGCAGGAGACCCCUUGCCGAUCCACCACUACUUCCACGGCUACCUGGCUGGUUUCAGCGUGCGCUCAGGCCGCCUGGAGAGCCGUGAGGUCAUCGAGUGCCUCUAUGCAUGUCGGGAGGGGCUGGACUAUAGGGAUUUCGAGAGCCUGGGCAAAGGCAUGAAGGUCCACGUGAACCCCUCGCAGUCCCUGCUCACCCUGGAGGGGGAUGAUGUGGAGACCUUCAACCAUGCCCUGCAGCAUGUGGCUUACAUGAACACUCUGCGCUUUGCCACGCCUGGCGUCAGGCCCCUGCGCCUCACCACUGCCGUCAAGUGCUUCAGUGAGGAGUCCUGUGUCUCCAUCCCUGAAGUGGAGGGCUACGUGGUGGUGCUACAGCCGGAUGCCCCCCAGAUCCUGCUGAGCGGCACCGCUCACUUUGCCCGCCCAGCUGUGGACUUCGAGGGACCGGAGGGGGUUCCUUUGUUCUCUGACCUUCAGAUCACUUGCUCCAUUUCGCAUCAGGUGGAGGCCAAAAAGGACGAGAGUUGGCAAGGUACAGUGACAGACACUCGCAUGUCAGACGAGAUCGUGCACAACCUGGAUGGCUGUGAGAUCUCCCUGGUGGGGGAUGACCUGGAUCCCGAGCGGGAAAGUCUGCUCCUGGACAUGGCAUCCUUGCAGCAGCGAGGCCUGGAGCUCACCAACACAUCCGCCUACCUCACCAUUGCCGGGGUGGAGAGCAUCACCGUGUACGAAGAGAUCCUGAGGCAGGCGCGUUAUCGCCUGCGACACGGAGCAGCCCUCUACUCCAGGAAGUUCCGGCUCUCCUGCUCAGAAAUGAAUGGGCGUUACUCCAGCAAUGAAUUCAUCGUGGAGGUCAGCGUCCUGCACAGCGUGAACCGGGUGGCCCACCCCAGCCACAUGCUCAGCUCCCAGCAGUUUCUGCACCGCGGUCACCAGCCGCCUCCUGAGAUGGCUGGACACAGCCUGGCCAGCUCCCACCGCAACUCCAUGGUCCCCAGUGCUGCGACCCUCAUCAUCGUGGUAUGCGUGGGCUUCCUGGUGCUCAUGGUCGUCCUGGGUCUUGUGCGCAUCCACUCACUGCACCGCCGCGUCUCGGGGGCCAGCGGGCCUCCCGGGUCCUCCAGCGACCCCAAGGACCCUGAUCUCUUCUGGGAUGACUCAGCUCUCACCAUUAUUGUGAACCCCAUGGAGUCCUACCAGAGCCGGCAGGUCUGCGUGGCGGGCGCUGCGGGUGGCCAGCCGGACGACGAGGACAGCAGCGACUCGGAGGCAGCCGAUUCGCCCAGCAGCGAUGAGAGACGCAUCAUUGAGACCCCCCCUCACCGCUACUGAGGACUCUGCUCCUCCCCAGACAGAGAAUUCUGUCCCGGUGAGACAGACACACCCAAGAGACAGGAGGAGCUUCUUAGAGGAGAGAGACCAGGUGGGGUGGAGGAGAGAGCUCUUAGGAGUCCUCUCCUAAUCUCAGAAUCCGGGGGCCCACCAGAGCCCGCCCCCUCCCCCUCAGCUCCCAGCCCACCCCCGCUCCGCUCCGUGCCUCUGGGCUCCUACUCGCGGGUGGGGGAGAUUCUGGCUGCCUUCUCUGUCGCCAGGCAGCCACCCCCUUUGCUGAUCCACGUCUGUCUCUUCCUCCACCGGCCAUGUGCUAUAUGGGGGGGAGGGACUGAAGGAAACCUUGUCCCCUGCCCUUACCUUCUCUCCUGUCCAUGGGGCCCCCUGGCCGGGCAUUCUCUGCUUCUCUUAAUGAGCCCCCCCUUUCCAUUUCACUCUGGGGAUCCCCUCCUCUCCUGGCCCCCUUCCCUCCUCUUCCUCUCCUGUCCCCCCUCUCUGAGGCCUGGCUGUGGCCGGGUUGUAGGGGUGGGAGUGCGGUGGGGGCCCCGGCUGGAUUAUAUAUAAUGUAUAUUUUUUCAUGUUGUCGUGAGCGCAGCCCCUGUGUUCCGUGUGCAGCUCACAACCUUGUGUGCGUGUGGCAUUGUCACGUCCUGGGGUGGGAGUGGGGGUUGGGUGGUGGGUGUGUGAGGGAGGGGACACACCCUAGGGUUUUCAAAUAAAACAACUGGAGAAAAGCCUGGU